CAUGCUGUCGGGGUCUUCAAGUAUGUUGGAUUUCUUUCGGAGAGCAGCGGCGUUCGAAAAGGCGGUCGCGUUCCAGUGUUGCACCUGCUGCAGAAUCUCCAAGUACUGGUGGUCGCGAACAACGCGGUCUCUUAUUGCGGUCGCUGCUGUUACCAGUAACUGCGUCGGCUUGUUCUUUCUAAUGGGCGAACACAGAGCUGGGCGCAGCUUGCCUGCAAGAAUCUUUUUCGAUGCUUCUACUAUUGUGUGCAGCAUUCUGUUCUUUGUCUACGACAGCUUGCACUUCGUGAUGGCCCGAUCGUCGUGUGAGGUGCUCGUCGAGUACACGCAUUCGCAAGUGAACGUGCUGAAGAGAAUGCCCGCUUGGCAUAAUUCCGUCAUACAAGUGGAGACAUUACGUACCAACAUAUGCACGAUCAAGAAAUUGAAGGAAGAGUUGAACAAUGUAUGGAGUUGGUCCAUGGCAGCGAGUUGUGCGUCGAACGUAUUGGUUGUAUGUGUCACGUGCCACGCUGCCUUCACCAAGAGCCUUCCUGCAGAGCACUUCCUUAUCGUCGGAUCCUACGCGAUAUACUCCUGCAUUGAGUUAGCCAGCCUAGCUGGUAUAAGCCAGAAGCUGACUGAUGAGGCCCAAAAGCUGAAAGAUGCUGUCAAAUCAUUGCCUGUCUUGAAUGCAACAGAGGCGUACGUUGCUCAGGUGCAGUAUCUCCACGACUCCAUUGAUCCCGAGUCUAUGUGCCUGGACGCAGCAGGAUUCUUUCACAUCAACCUAUCGAUGCUCGUCUCGAUGUCCGGGUCAAUUAUAACGUACACCGUCAUACUCGUGCAAACAAGCACAGACCUGGAAGAUGACAGAACAGCGGCAUAACUAUGGUGCAUACCCUUCGUGGAUCAGGGCCAGCAUCUGUAAGGAAGAAGAAAUAAUAGUCCACUAGCUCGACUGCGAGAUAACGUUAACUGGUCUCCACGUUGCCCAGCAGUGCGUUGAAGGAAAACCACCCUGGU